AUGUCCGACCCCAGACUGAUUGAUAUGGAGCCCGGAGGGGAGAGCACGCAAUACGAGUCUAUCCGCCUGUAUACACAGACUCCUGAAAAGCAGACCGGGCAGCUGGGUGGAACCGCAGCGCACACUAAAAGUGAACUGUGGAGCAUCAUGACUCCGGCUGACGACGCCGCAACCAAUGAAGAUGAGGAUGCCAUGGUACAGAAAUUAGGAAUGGGAACAGGCGCCGAAGACUUCGACAAAGAAAAUCUGGAUCUCGAUACCCUAGGGGAUGUAGCAGCCGCUAAGGCCAGGAGACUGCAGGGGAAGGAGGAACAUGAAGUCGGUAUCAUGUGA